AUGGGUCGGGGCGUGAGCAUGUUGAUGAUGGCGCACGCGGCGUGGGCGGGCGUGCGGUACACGGUGGUGCUGCCGCUGCUGCACGUCGCCGUCUACCUCUGCGCCGCCAUGUCGCUCAUGCUCUUCGUGGAGCGUCUCUACAUGGGGAUCGUCGUCGCAGGGCUCUGGCUCAACCGCCGCCACCGUCGUCGUAGCAGGAAGGGAAGAGAUGCGGCCGCCAUCGUCGACGACAAGAGGGAUGAUUCCGAUGACCUGGAGGCCGGCGGCGCGGAGAAGCCCAUGGUGCUCGUUCAGAUCCCCAUGUUCAACGAGAAGCAGGUGUACCGCCUGUCGAUUGGCGCGGCGUGCGGUCUGUGGUGGCCGAGCGAGAAGCUGGUGAUCCAGGUGCUGGACGACUCGACGGACGGCACGAUCAGGUCGCUGGUGGAGGCGGAGUGCCGGCGGUGGGCAAGCAAGGGCAUCCGCGUCCACUACGAGAACCGGAGCAACCGCAACGGGUACAAGGCGGGCGCCAUGCGGGAGGGCCUCAAGAAGGACUACGCCAGGGACUGCCAGUUCGUCGCCGUCUUCGACGCCGACUUCCAGCCCGACGCCGAUUUCCUCCGCCGCACCGUGCCGCUGCUCCUGGCUGACCCGGCCGUGGCCCUCGUCCAGGCCCGGUGGCUCUUCGUCAACGCCGACGAGUGCAUCCUCACGCGGAUCCAGGAGAUGUCCCUCGACUACCACUUCUCCGUGGAGCAGGAGGUGGGCUCUGCCUGCCAUGCCUUCUUCGGGUUCAACGGCACAGCUGGGGUGUGGCGCCUGCAGGCCCUGGCCGACGCCGGCGGGUGGAAGGACCGCACCACCGUGGAGGACAUGGACCUGGCAGUGAGGGCCAGCAUGAGAGGGUGGAAGUUCGUCUUCGCCGGCGACGUCAAGGUCAGGAACGAGCUGCCCAGCACCUUCAAGGCCUACAGGUAUCAGCAGCACCGGUGGUCCUGCGGCCCAGCCAACCUGAUGAGGAAGAUGUUCUGGGAGAUCGUGACGAGCAAGCAGGUGUCGGCGUGGAAGAAGUUCCAUGUCCUCUACGGCUUCUUCUUCGUCAGGAAGGUGGUGGCGCACCUCGUCACCUUCCUCUUCUACUGCGUCGUCAUACCAGCCUGCGUGCUAGUGCAGGGGGACAUCCGACUCCCCAAGUACGUCGCCAUGUACGUCCCCGCCAUCAUCACCCUGCUCAAUGCUAUCUGCACGCCCCGCUCGUGGCACCUCCUCGUCUUCUGGAUCCUCUUCGAGAACGUCAUGUCCAUGCAUAGAUCCAAGGCCACCAUCAUCGGACUCCUUGAGGCCAGCCGAGCAAACGAGUGGGUCGUCACAGAGAAGCUCGGAUCGACGACGACAACAAUGGCCACCAAGAAGAAGAAGAACCAGAACCAGGGCUUCCACACACCGGAGAUCCUUUUGGGCCUCUGCCUCCUCUACUGCGCCAUCUAUGACAUCAUCUUUGGUCAUGAUCACUUCUACAUCUACCUGCUCAUGCAAUCAGCCGCUGCCUUCGUCAUCGGAGUCGGCUACAUCGGCUCCCAAUAA